AGACCUCCCUCAUGUUUACUCAGUCUGUCAACAGCAGUGCAUUGAUUGAUCAUCUGGAUCAGUAUUAUGAAGAAAUAAAAAAAUAUAUUCUUAUUCACAGUGGAGUUUUAUCCUAAUUUCACUGAGUUAUUCCCAAUCCUCCCUCAUGUUUACUCAGUCUGACAACAGCAGUGCAUUGACAUGAUGGAGCCCAAUUGAUCAUCUGGAUCAGUAUGUGGCAGAUGAGAAAUAAGAAAAGUCUCCUGCAGAGCUUUAUCCUAAUUUCACCGAGUUAUUCCAAAAUCCUCUCAUUUCCCCAGAGAGCCCCAAGUAGCCCCAGAAUAGAUUUAAAUUGGUCUGAUUAAAUGAAACAGGCGGUCAAUCUGAUCUGAAUACAUUCAAUUAACUGUGAAUUAAUUCCAACAUUUUAGGUCUUUGCCUUUAAAUCAUCCUUAAAAAUGUCUUUAUGUUUCUUUUUUGUUUGUUUUAUUCAUGUUGUUGUUGCUGUCUGUAUGUCCCUUUACAAGUAUGUGUAUGUAUUCCUUUAACACUAAAUAAAAAUAAUAAUAAAAAAAAAUGUCUUUAUGGGGACUCCAAAUGUGCCAACUGUGCAUAAUACAAAAUGUUCUAUUUUUGUGACAUUUAAUUCACCCUUAAACACGAGGUCAGGAUGAGGAUUAGAGGAGGAAACAAUAAAAACAAUAUUUUUUUUUCCUCCAUGCAGUUAUUCCCAAUCCUCUCAUUCCACCAAAGAGCCCCAAGUAGCCCCAGAAUAGAUUUAAAUUGGUCUGAUUUAAUGAAACAGAGCUGUCAAUCUGAUCUGAAUACAUUUAAAUAGCUGUGAAUUAAUUCCAACAUUUAAGGUCUUUGCCUUUAAAUCAUCAUCCUUAAAUAUGUCUUUAUAUGGGGACUCCAAAUGUGCCAAAAUACAAAAUGUUCUCUUUUUGUGACAUUUAAUUCACCCUAAAACUCGAGGUCAGGAUGAGGAUUAGAGGAUGAAACAAUAAAAACUAUAUAUUUUUUUCCUCUCCAGUAGCAUCCUGCCAUGCAGCAACGCCCUGUAUCUCCCAGACCAGCGUGCACAGACGCACUAACCGGUGAGAGGAUAACCGGAGCUGCUGCUACAUCACCGAGCUGCUGCUGCUGCUGCUGCUGCUGUUGAAGCAUCUGCAGAGCUGCUUGCAUGUUUUUUUCCUCCUUCAUUCCAGAUGUCACAGCCUGAAGAUUGUCAUCACUGCUGAGGAUGUGUGUGAGUAUUUCCAUCGCCAUCGCCAUCUCCAUCGGAUGGAUUCAAUGAAAGGAAUAAUCCUGCAGAGGGGAGAGCAAAAGAAGAAAGCCAUGACAUGCAUCCUGUUCCCCUGACGAUUCUCUCUUGGAUGCAGUCAUAGUUUGAGGCCGGACAUGAUUUUAAUCUCAGGAGUUGCUGUCUAGUGGAUGCGGGAUGUUGUGCGCCGCACCCAGAGACAUAUAUCGAUAAGGAGAACACAGCAGAUCUGUCUUUCAAUGCAUCUCAUCUGAUUUUUCCUGGACGCACAGUGAGCAUCUUUUUUUUUUUUUUUUUUUUUUAAACUGGCUGGGACUGUCUUGGAGGAGCUUCUGAUGUGGAGGGAUUGUGCUGUUUUGUCUGAAGGGAUCAACUGAGCACUGUUGCUCUCACCCAGAGAGGAGAACCAGGGCUGAGCUGGUGGUCGUUUCAACACCCUAUAAUAAUAAUAACCUUUCAGCAUGGCCGAGAGGACGCUGGAGCAGCAGGGCUCGGUGAGCAUCCCCAUGGAGGAGACCAAGCUCCACACCGGAGCUCCCCCCGAGGCGCCACUGCUCAUCCACUUGAAGAAAGUGGAGAACCACAUCACCGAGGCCCAGCGCUUCUCCCACCUCCCACGCCGCUCUGCUGUGGACCUGGAGUUCAAUGAGCUAUCGUACACCAUCCGCGAGGGUCACUGGUGGAGGAGGAGAGGUUACAAAGCCCUCCUUAAGUGUCUGUCGGGAAGAUUCAGCAGCAAAGAGCUGAUCGGCAUCAUGGGGCCUUCUGGAGCCGGGAAAUCCACUCUGAUGAAUAUACUGGCGGGGUACAGGGAGACGGGCAUGAAGGGCCAGAUCCUGGUGAACGGUCGACCGAGGGACCUGAGGACCUUCAGGAAGAUGUCCUGCUACAUCAUGCAGGACGACAUGCUGCUGCCACACCUCACUACGAGGGAGGCCAUGAUGGUUUCUGCAAAUCUGAAACUGAAUGAGAGCAUGCAGGUCAAAAAGGAACUUGUGGAUGAGAUCCUGACUGCUCUGGGUCUCAAUGAGUGUUCUCAGACACGCACCAAUGCUCUCUCUGGAGGCCAGUGUAAAAGACUGGCUAUCGCUCUCGAGCUGGUUAACAACCCUCCUGUCAUGUUCUUUGACGAGCCCACCAGUGGUUUGGACAGCGCGUCCUGCUUCCAGGUGGUCUCCCUCAUGAAAUCUCUGGCUCUGGGAGGACGGACAAUCAUCUGCACCAUUCACCAGCCCAGUGCCAAGCUCUUUGAGAUGUUUGAUAAGCUCUACAUCCUCAGUCAGGGUCAGUGCAUAUACAAGGGCACAGUCCCUUACCUCAUCCCCUAUCUGAAGAACCUGGGCCUCCACUGCCCGACGUACCACAACCCAGCUGACUUCAUCAUUGAGGUGGCGUCAGGGGAGUACGGGGAUCGGAAUCCAGUGCUGUUUGAGGCGGUCCAGGGUGGACUGUGCUCCGAGGAGGGCAAGAAGAACUCCAGAGACAAAAAUGACUCGUCCUGUCCCUCUCAAUGUCACAGCGACACAGGAACCCUUGAGAAACGUAGCUUUGCCACCAGUACAUUCACACAGUUCUGCAUCCUUUUCAAAAGAACCUUCAUCACAAUAUGCAGGGACUUGGUGCUGACCCACCUCAGGGUGAUGUCCCACAUUUGUAUUGGAAUCCUAAUCGGCCUGCUUUAUCUCAAUAUUGGAAAUGACGCCAGCAAGGUCUUCAACAACACUGGCUUCCUCUUUUUCUCCAUGUUAUUCCUCAUGUUUGCCGCCCUGAUGCCCACCGUCCUAACCUUUCCUCUGGAGAUGUCCGUGUUUAUGAGGGAACAUCUCAACUACUGGUACAGUCUGAAGGCCUAUUACUUGGCCAAAACCAUGGCUGAUAUACCCUUCCAGGUACUCUGUCCAAUCUUAUACUGUAGUAUAGUGUAUUGGAUGACUGACCAGCCUCCAGAGGCGAGUCGCUACCUGCUCUUUAUGGCCUUGUCUACGUCCACGGCCCUGGUGGCCCAAUCCCUAGGUCUGCUUAUAGGGGCUGCAUCCACGUCUGUGCAGGUGGCAACCUUCGUGGGUCCAGUCACAGCCAUACCUGUGCUCCUCUUCUCCGGCUUCUUCGUCAAUUUUGACACCAUUCCCAAAUACCUACAGUGGAGCUCUUAUGUUUCCUAUGUCAGGUACGGCUUUGAGGGGGUGAUACUCUCUAUCUACGGGAUGAACCGGUCGGAGCUGGAGUGUCCGGGCGUGGUGUGUAAGUUCCAGAAGCCAGAGGAGGUCCUGCAGCUGCUGGACGUGGAGGACGCAAAGCUCUACGUGGACUUCAUGGUGCUGGGGGUUUUCUUCCUGGUCCUCAGACUGGCCACUUACCUGGUCCUGCGCUACAAAGUCAAGUCGGAGCGUUAAGACGUACAGAGGCGGAUGGAUGUGGACGCUCACGCAUAUCCCGGCAGUGUGAGAUAGUAAGCAAACAUAUAGUCCCUCUCUCUCUCUCCACUUUUUACAUACAUGUACAAAGACAUAAACAAGUCCAGCACAUCAAAUCAUCAGAAAGCUGUGCUGCUCCACCAAACUGUACAGUAUAAUAUUAUCUUUUAAACGGUUUGUUAUUCAAGAAGAAGGAAAAAGUGUUGUUCUACUCUGUUAUUAGUUGUCCUUCAGGUAAUAGUAUUUUUCAGAUCACCGUUACCUUCCAAAAAUAUUAUGUAUCUGCACUAUACAUAAACAGAAUACCCAACAAAGUAACAGAAAGCAUGUGUCUCUAAACUGAGAAAUUUUGGUAACUCCAAGAAAGUGCCACAGCCUCCGGGUUUAUGGGGAGCCAUAGUAACCAUCCUGGUGCAGGAGUGUCCAAUAACUUGUAGCUUCUCAAUCCAGUGCGUAAAAAGAUAAUCCGAGGUCCACAUCAGAAUUCCGUUCAAAGGAGCAUGAUUUCAGGAUGGAUAUCGUCUGAUUGCCGUCAGGAAAAGUGGAAACUUUCAGUGCCAGAAAACUUCUGUGCGGCUUCUACAUCUCCUGUAGGAUCAUCUCAUAGGGUAUCCUUACCAAGACGCUGAACACGGUGGCUUUUCUUUACGGAAUAUUAACAAAACGACUGCCAGUGGAUGACUUUCCUCGCUUCCCACCUGCAGUCUGGAUCAUUAUUACAGGACCUUCUGCCCUAACGUUGAAAGGUGGUAGAACGUUUCGACAAGGAUGAAAUGUUUGUAAAAAUGUCUUAUACAAAGACUGAUGUGGAUUCACCCUGCGACCAGGCAUAGGAUUCCUUACCUGCUCCUUAAUAUAACACGUUUGUUUCUGCCAUAACCGGGGGAAACACUCUGUGAGCUGGGCGCAGAAUGUGAACGCAAGCAUGACUGCUGUUUCCAGCCUGAUGCACAGAGACAACGGUGUUUCAGGUGAAGUGCAACAGCCUAUUCUGUGCUUAAAAAAAGUGUCGCUCUUUUGACACAAUCCUUCGAACUGCUCGUUUCUACUCGUUGUAUGACUCUUUAGCUGCCUCCCUACCGAGCUACAAAAGGAAAUAUCCUUUUUUUCUCUUCUUCUCUCUUCUGCUUUGCUAAUGUCUGACAGAUGUGUGUUGUCCAAAACGAUGCUAGAUACUUGAAACGCUGGCUGGACAGUUUUUGUGCCUCUGAACUAGAAUGAUUUGAGUUUCCUCUGCUUCAUUGUUUGCACAUACACCUUAUGUCAACCAAACAUGCUGGUUCACUCUCACACACACACAAACACACAUACACACACACAGGUACAUAUGUACACACACACACACACACACAAGCAAACACACACAUUCACCCAUGGCAAUGUUUAGAAGAGCCUCUCCUUGUUGCAGGGCAAUGCAAAUAUUUUCCAAUAGACUUGCUAUGAAAUAUUUCUUACUUAAACUAUGCUACUUAGUAAUCCUUAUUAUAAUGCAUAAAAUAACGUGAGUAUAUAAUCAACGAUUGUACAGUGAAUAUGUCAUGCUGUAAACAAAUGUACAUUUGCACUUUUCAAUGUUUAUUCUUUUUUUAUUUAUUUGAAUUUUAUUUUAUUUUUAUAUAUCUAUGUGAUGCUUGAAAGUAUAAUGGGAAAAAACAGCAACCGAAUGUUGCAUGUUCACAUUAGGAAUGAAAUUUACGAAAUAUUAAAUUUCAGAGUAAAUCGGUUUUAUUUCCUCAUCCAAAUGUGUUUAUCCUGCCGUGUUUGAGGAGAUGCGUAUCCUCCGCUUUCUGCUGGACAUUUUUAGAAUAUCUGGAGUCGAGUGCGUCACUGCUGUGGAUUAAAAAAGAAGAAAGAAACAGGAGAGAGAUGGUAGCGUAGAAAUGUGUGAAAUAUGAGGAAGGAUAAAAGACAGUCAACCACAUGUGUCAUUAUGUAGCUGAAGAGACUGGUGGUCUCUUUAGGAACAAACUGGAUCAGAGAGCAGAUCAGUGUGUUCAGCAGGUGGAGUCCUGCACAGACAGGUGGAGGUGGAGGUUGGGAUGCUGUCAUUAAUAGCAAUAGUCGACAUUGUGAUGUUUAACUGUUAUACCUCCCACUGCUGUGGCAUCAUAUGUUUUCUAUUAAGAGCUUAAUUUUAGUCGUUUUUGUUCCUAACAGUUUUAUUAUGUGCAAUAACCACCCAAAGGUGUUUGAGACCAAUUUCAUGAAGGGAAAAUGUGCUGCAAUCUGUAUUUUUGUUUCAUCUUUUCAUUAUGUUUUUGUUGCUUCUGUUCGGUAACUAAUGUGGUGGACGUGUUUACUGGAUGACCCUCUUAAGGAUUUAAUUAGAGGGGCACAAACAGAAUUAAUAAAUGUACUGUAUGGACGGUGCUGGAUAAGCCAUGGAAGAAAGCCACCGGCCAUUUUAAUGUCAGACCCCGUCAAGGUAAUUGGAUCUUAGCGCAGGAAAAUGUGUAGCAUGGAAGAAGUAUUGCAUAAAGUCAGUUUUACUGCCAACACAGCAGAUCUGUGUUUUCCCCAAAUUAUAUGAAAAAUCAUGAGUUGGUAGAAGACCUGCAGGUAUGAUGUAAAAAAAGAAAAGAAACCCCGGAACAAAGCAGGGAUAAUUAGCAGUGCUGAAGUCAUUAACCAGUCUGUGAACGUCUCGGCCUGAGGUCUUGAGGGCUGUUGUACCAAAGAAGAAAACAAAUCAUCCUUCUUCUGCUGCGAAAUGUGAAAUGUAGAGGGGUGUACCUCUCAGUGAGAUUAUGUUGUCAAAUGUCCUCAUUAAUCUUCUGACCAAAGAAAGAGCUCUGAAAAGUCGCCCACGAUGUUUCUAGUGAUUCAGAUCCAACUGGAUUUUCAAAUCCUCCUAAAAUUGUCAUGUUUCUUCGGAUUUGUUUCGCAGCGUCCCUUCUAGGUCAGAAGAGUGAUCAUCACUCACAGUCGAGAUGCUAAAAUCACGUGUAAGCAGUAUUCUGGAAGUGACUGUGCAGGAUACAGCAUAUGAGCGUAUGUUCAAAUCAAAAUGCUUCACUCUCUUUUAUUACACUUUUAUUUCUCAUGUCACUGUUUCACCUGUUUGUCAUAAUAAGCCACCAGACGUUAGUGCACUCUAUCAUGCAUGGUAAAUAAUAAUAAUAAUAAUAUGCAGGCUAUCCCUACAGAAAGCUACGAUUGUCUGAUUGAUAAUUAGUCAUAUAGAAUGGAAGGCUGUUCAAUUGUUUUUUUUAUUUCAUUUUUGUUUGAUAUGACUUUGUUUUCAUUUACAGUUUAAUUUAUGGUUUCCCAACUCAAAAAAAUGCAAGUUCUGUAUACUGAACGCUGUUCCAAGGAUUAUAAUAAAGAUCAUUUAUAACCUUU